CCGGGGCGCGGCAUGGCGGCGGCGGCGAUGGGGCCGGGGGACUGCCACUGCCACCUCGCCGCGCCCUGCUUCCAGGCGGACGUGGCGGCCGUGGUGCGGGCGGCGGAGCAGGUGAGGCGGCCGGCGGGGACCCUCUCUCCCCCGCUCCUCCCCGGCCCCACCGCCCGGCCUCAGCGGGGCGGGGGUUUGUGUCUGCCGCAGGCGGCGGUGUCGGCGCUGGUGGUGGUGUCGGAGCGGGCCGGGGAGUUCCGCAGCGUCGUGGCGCUCUCCGAGAGAUUCCCGGGGUUUGUUUUGCCCUGCCUGGGAGUUCACCCCCUCCAAGAGGUCUCUCCGGAGGAGCCGCGCAGUGUUACCUUGGAGGAUCUGGAUGCUGCAUUGCCGCUCAUAGAACUCUACAAAGAUAAAUUGGUGGGGAUAGGAGAAGUUGGACUAGAUUUCACUCCCAGAUUUGCUGGCACGGAUGAACAGAAGGAAGGACAAAGACAGGUUUUGAUCAAGCAGAUUGAGUUAGCAAGAAGACUGGAUUUGCCUUUAAAUGUUCAUUCCCGCUCAGCUGGAAGACCAACGAUUAAUCUCUUAAAGGAACAAGGUGCUACGAAGGUGUUGCUCCACGCAUUUGAUGGGAAGCCGUCUGUAGCGAUGGAAGGGGUGAAAGCUGGAUACUUCUUCUCCAUUCCUCCUUCCAUUAUAAGGAGUGAACAGAAGCAGAAGCUUGUGAAACUGUUACCUCUGGAAAAUAUGUGCUUAGAAACUGACUCUCCUGCUCUGGGGCCCGAAAAACAGGUGAGAAAUGAACCAAAAAAUAUUUACGUUGCUGCAGAAUAUAUUGCCAAAAUUAAAGAAAUUCCAGUUGAAGAAGUUAUAGAAGUGACUACACAGAAUGCACUGAAAGUAUUUCCCAAACUUCGUAACUUUCUUCGGCUAUAGACUGAGAAACUGAUAUUUAUAAUAUUGUAGAAGCUAUUAUUUAUAGCAUAAUAAAUAAAACCAACACACAUCUUGUCUUAA